GUUGGCGUGAAUUCUGUCACAAUUCAAACGUGCUCUCUCUCUCUCUCCUCUUCGCACCCCUCUCUUCACCUUAUACUACUACUUUCUGCUGGAUUUGUCUCUUUGCUUGCAGAUUUCGACAAGUUGUAAAAAAUCUGGAAUAAGGGAAGCAGAGUUCGCCGGAGGCGGUGAAGCUAGCGAUACCGGAGACUUAACGAAUUUUGGUCCGGCGAGCUCAUUUUCUAGUUGAGGUGAAGUAUCAAUGUCGAAAGAGAAGAAUGUUGUAGAUGAUUAUGGAGAUUAUUAUGCUGUUCCUGACCUGGAUAGCAGAGAAAUAGUUGGUGGUUCAGUUUCAAAUGUCGUCAGUCACUCUUCAGAGACUUCUGGCACGGAAGUUGCACGUUUCACUACACUGCCUCACAAAAUAUUUAGCUCAGACAAAUCUGAAUCACAUUCAGGUCAUCUUAAGUUGGAAAGAUCAAAAACUGAGCCACCUACACACAGUAGUCAAUUUGCUGAAGAGGCAGCAAAUAUCUCUGAUGACAGCGAUUCUGAACAACAGAAGCUCAAGUUGUUGAAGAGGAUUGCAACUGUCAAAGACGAUGGAACUGUAGAAUUUGAGAUUCCGGGUGAUGAAGAAUCCAGGGUGCUUGGAGUGGAAUCUCAAAGUGUCUCUAAUGAAGUUGAAGAUGAGCCUCUUGAUGAAAUAGAACUUCACUAUAUUCCUCCAAUGCAGAUUGUAAUGCUUAUUGUUGGAACACGUGGUGAUGUGCAACCCUUUAUUGCAAUUGGCAAACGUUUGCAGGAGUAUGGACAUCGAGUGAGGCUGGCAACCCAUGCAAAUUUCAAAGAGUUUGUCUUAACCGCUGGGUUGGAAUUCUAUCCUCUUGGGGGUGAUCCAGUAGUUUUGGCUGGAUAUAUGGUUAAAAACAAGGGCUUCUUACCUUCUGCACCCUCAGAAAUUCCUGUUCAGAGAAACCAAUUGAAGGAAAUUAUAAGUUCUCUACUCCCAGCUUGCGAAGAACCUGAUAUGGAUACUGGAGUACCCUUUAAAGCAGAUGCGAUUAUUGCUAAUCCCCCAGCAUAUGGGCAUACACAUGUUGCGGAAGCACUGAAAAUUCCAAUUCAUAUUUUCUUUACAAUGCCAUGGACGCCAACUAGCGAAUUUCCUCAUCCAUUGUCUCGCAUUAAACAACCAGCUGGAUAUCGGCUGUCAUAUCAGAUUGUUGACUCCUUGAUUUGGCUAGGGAUUCGAGAUAUGAUUAAUGAUACCAGGAAAAGAAAACUGAAGCUAAGACCAGUUACAUAUUUAAGCAGUUCUCAAGUCUCUGUGCUGGAUAUCCCACAUGGAUAUAUUUGGAGUCCUCACCUUGUUCCUAAACCAAAAGAUUGGGGACCAAAGGUUGAUGUAGUGGGAUUUUGCUUCCUCGAUCUUGCAUCUGGUUAUGAACCUCCAGAAUCACUAGUAAACUGGCUGAAAGAUGGUCAGAAACCCAUUUACAUUGGCUUUGGUAGUCUUCCUGUUCAAGAGCCAGAGAAAAUGACCCAAAUAAUUGUUGAGGCAUUGGAACGCACUGGACAAAGGGGGAUCAUUAACAAAGGCUGGGGUGGCCUUGGCAAUUUGGCUGAGCCAAAGGAUUUUGUGUACUUGCUUGAUAAUUGUCCCCAUGAUUGGCUAUUCUUACAAUGUUCUGCAGUGGUGCACCACGGGGGUGCUGGAACAACGGCUGCUGGUCUUAAAGCUGCGUGUCCAACAACUAUCGUACCCUUCUUUGGUGACCAGCCAUUUUGGGGGGAAAGGGUGCACGCUAGAGGUGUAGGCCCUCCACCUAUACCUAUCGACGAAUUUUCCCUUCCUAAGCUUGUUGAGGCAAUUGAAUUCAUGCUUGAUCCUAAGGUAAAGGAGAACGCAGUUGAGCUGGCUAAGGCGAUGGAGAAUGAAGACGGGGUCACUGGAGCAGUAAAAGCCUUCUUCAAGCAUCUUCUCCGCAAUAAUGAGCCUGAUCUUGAUGAAACACCUGCACCACGAAGUUUAUUUUCUUUAAGAAGAUGCUUAGGUUUUUGCUAGAUCUCAAUGUGUGAAAUUGUCUAUUUGUCACUAUAAACUAUUUGUACCUUGUUCCUGCAAUAAUGUAAUAUUUUUAUACACAACCAAUGGUGCUAUAUUGUAUUACAUUGCUACCCUAAAUAGUUGGAUACCAUGAAUCAAAUAAAAGUUCUAAAAUUGUCCUA